AUGCAUUGGAGCGUCUACGGAUCGCUCCUGGCGACGCUAGGAGCGCACUCCGUCUCGGGCUCUCACCACCAUCAUGCAAGACCUCGUUGGAUUCGGCCUGAAUCAGCGCCAGAGCAUCUCAAAUCACACAAUGCUGACUGGAUGGAGCAUGUCCGCCCGGGGCCAAGUUUGGAGACUCGCACUUUCACCACUACUGUCUACAAAGAGUGUCAAUUCACUCACUCCAUCAACGCGACGAGCCACAUCACAGCGUCCCUAAUACAUGUUCCAACGCACCGUGCAGUGGUGCCGACGUCCGGUCUAUCGACCGCGAGUGUUUCCGAGUCCCCGACUACUCUGUACACAUCGCUCCUGCAUAUGACGCCUACCGGAUCGAAGACAACGCAGGCGGUGCCCACAGUGGUGAUCAGCAAUGAAUCGCAGCCAACGACCGCUAAACCAACAACCUUCCACAUUCAUAUGACUACUACUGUGACAAUAUCGGAGACGACUCACCCUACCGUUUUGACUACUCUCUCAGCGUCCAAUGCGCCAAACCAUACUUGGAUCGCAACCAGCUCACGCCCAGGAUUGCCCAUCUCCUCCGCCUCCUCCGCCACAUCCUCCCCAACUGGCUCUGUACACCAACCCAGCACCACACUGCUCCCCAACUUGCUGUCGUCCGUAUCUCAUCUGGCCCCGCUUCCAAUCCUUGGAGAUGCCCCAGCAGGAAUUCCAUCUCACCUCCCGCUGCCGGAUCUUCCACCUCUCCCAGUCAAUCCUACCCUGAUUCCCACACCAUCUACCAUAUCCCAAGUGCUGGAUUGGACCGCUGCCCCACUGAACGGGAUCUUUACCACCGAGCGCUUCGGCGCACGCAGCAAGCCCUCGGGGGAACGCGUCCUGUAUAGUGGCAAUGUGGGAAUCCCCUGGGGAAGCAACAUCAUUCUUGUCAGCCACGAAGACGCUCACAACUACAAAUACGUGGCCCAAUUCAAGGGCUCCAAGACCCAGCCCUGGACCAUCACCUUCUGGAACAAAUUCGGUCCCGAGGGCAAAAUGGACGGAUGGUACGGCCACUCCGCCCUGACUUUUGCCCUCCCCGCCGGCGAGACACGAUAUAUUGCCUUUGACGAGAACUCACAGGGGGCCUGGGUGCGGCUCCAGGAACCACGGGCUUACCGGUGGACAACUGGGGCGGGUACACAUCGACCUGGGGGGAGUUCUCAUUUGGCGAUGAAGAGAAUAAAGGCUGGUCGGGCUGGGAUGUUUCUGCGAUUCAGGCGCAGUUGGCCAAUCAAGAAGUUCAGGGAAUGCGGAUCUGUAUGGUGGAUGGGAAAGGGUGCUCGAUUAUCACGCCGCAGGCUCGCAAGGUGGUGGAUGCUUAUACUGCGGCGGACAGGCAUCAUGAUGGGAUUGGAGGGGCAGCUGCGCCGGGGCCUUUGA